AUGGGUUCGUGGUACCAAAAGAUACGUGUGACGCACUUGGACGUGCCGGAGGAACGGGCGAAAUUCCGAGCUUUUGCAGGGACAGUGGAGGAGGUUGUGCACAGCAAAACCGACGAUACCAUUCUCGCAUGGAAGGGCAAGAACGUUAUAGGAAUCACCGCGAACAGCAACAUGGCAGUGGGAGAAAUCAUAGACAACCACGCCAUAUCCAGGAUAGUCGUACUCCCAGAAAACUCUAAAAUCGCAACACAAUAUAUAGUCAACAACACCUUGCGGCUGUGCAGGACGAUCAUCUGCGAAAACAUGCACCUGAGGACGGUUGAAAACGAAGCCGUCGUAAUAAUUGCAGGAUCUAUGGGCUCAGCAGUUCCCUAUCUGCAGUGGUUGCUGAUCAAAGGUAUAAGGAUCAUACUCUAUCUACCGCCGACAGAGAAUGGCGACGAUGAGAAAUACGUUGAAGAGCACGACUAUAAGCACGGACUUUUCAACCAUCCGCAAUUCAAACCCGUCUCCGCAAAUGGUGCGUUAAACACAGUGGGUGAAACAUUGCACGCAGUCAUCAUCAGACGAAAGCCUGUCGGCGUUAUAUCCGAAGAUGUACUCACACUGACGAACGGUAUGGGCGCCAGUGCAGUUACGGUGCUGCCGGACGCCAUAAAGGAAUUCAAGGCGGCGGAAGUGCACGUCAGUAGACAGACUCUGCUCGCGGCAGGAAUAGGCUGCCGCAUAGUUUGGCACCAGGCGCUCGAACAGGUUGACCCGUGCGAGGCGAAGUGUCUCUUUGACAAAAGCGGUUCGCUGGAAUUUUUCAACUUCGACGCAACGCUAGAGUCCCACGGCGCCGACGGACUCGUGCAACACGCCCUGCUGGAAACAGUCAAAAGGGCUACACAUAACACGAUUUAUGUCGAACGGUAA